AUGAAGCCCGAAGUGACUGAACCACUCAAUCUGCCUUCUCCGACCGAGCUAUACGGUAAUGGUCUUCAAUUCGCCCUCGCCACCGUCUUUCCACCGAUAUUGUCAGAAAGGAUAUACAAAGAUGAGGUAGUGUCUUACAGAAAGAUCAUUGAACCGAAUGUGUAUUGGUAUUCUGGUAUAUUGAACUUUUUUAGUAUAAGGAGGUAUUACUUCAUUGAGUUUGUUGAUGAAAAGAGAUACGAUCAGCCUUUACGACCAUACCCGGUAUCAAUAAACCGAGAACAGUUGACAAAAGCUUGGAUCAUCGGAUUAAAUGGAUAUAGGUUCCAUGAUGGCUUAUUAGAGUGGAUCAGUACAAAGAAGACCGGAGAUGAUCCGAAGACUGUGGAGAUCAAGGCUCUUGAAAGAGCUGAGAGAGCUUUACAGCAGAUCGCAGACCAGUGGAUUAUGCUCUACAGCCAAGUGGACAUAGCGAUGAGUUUGCUUCACGAAUAUGUAAACUGCUUGAGCGCACCCCGACCAUGGGCUCGGCAAUCUAGCUACGAUAUCAAAUGCCUGUCUAGAUUUGACCUGAUGGAACAUGACUGUGACAGGGAACAUAUCAAGGCGAUAUUCUUCCAUGCUGCUUUACAUUUACUUGAACUUGAUAAAGUAGGUUAUAAUCAGGAGUUCCUGGAUUUGGGGAGAGUUUUGGCUGAAGAGGAAGGGGAAGUUAUCAGUACUGGUGCUGGUGGACCAUCCACUGGUGAGGGUGAAGAAGAGUUGUUGAUUCAGUUGUAG